AUGGGCCCCUUAUCUCCGAAGAGCGUGAUGGCGCACGUCUCUAAAGUGCUGGUCUUGUCCUAUAUUAUCGACUGGGUGUUCAUCAUUGGAAUUGCCUUGAUCGGCUACGGUUUUUACAAACAGGAUCCUAAUCAUCAUGCAUUCUAUCUCACUGAUCCCAGCAUUUCUUACCCCUAUAAGGAAAAGGAGACCGUCUCGACCGCCGCGUUGAUUCUGGCCUCCGUGCUGGGGCCUGCCGUCGUCGUGUUUGUGGGGGCGAUAUUCGUGCCCGGCACUGCUGCAGUCGGAGGACAGAGGCCCUCGACGUCACAGCUGCUACUUCGCAAGCUGUGGGAGUGGAAUGCAGGCUGGCUCGGGCUGGGUCUCGCGCUAGCCAGUGCCUGGACAGCUACACAAGGACUGAAGACCCUCUUAGGCAGACCACGACCCGACUUCCUGGGCCGCUGCGACCCAGACUUGACUCAAAUCGCGAAGUAUGUCGUGAGCGGACUCGGCGGGAAAGUUUCGGGAGCUCCUACUCUGGUCGAUUGGAAAAUUUGCCGCAACCAAGACCGUACCGUGCGUGUCGAUGGGUUCUCCAGCUUCCCUAGUGGCCAUUCGUCCUUUUCAUUUGCCGGACUAGGCUACCUGACUCUGUGGCUUGCAGCCAAAUGCUCGGUCGUGUUCCCGUAUCUACCUCACUUCCCUGUGGAAGGCGACGACUACAGCAACGACCGCGCUUCUAUUCGUAACCGUGGUGCCGCACCUCCUGUUCUGUCAAUGAUCAUCGUCUUCUUCCCCGCAUGCGUGGCAUUUUUCAUUGCGGCCUCGCGCUGGUUCGACUAUCGACACCAUGGUUGGGACAUCGUCGCCGGUUCGGUCAUCGGCAUCUUCUUCGCUUGGAUUGGUAUCCGCAUGUAUCAUCUGCCUCUCCAACGGGGCGCUGGAUGGACAUGGGGCCCACGCAGUCCGCGACGUGCUUUCGUUCGUGGUAUGGGAUUCCCCAGCUCAGUGGGAACCGACAGCUGGUCUUAUACUCAUGACAAUCGCGCUGGAUUUGCAACGAACGGUAUUCACUCUGCCGAGCCCGUGCAUGACGUGGAGAACAUCCCUAUGCAGGGAGAACAAGCCUUUCCUGUCGAGAGAGUUUGA